CUCAACCCACAUCUUUGAAUCAAAUCCCAUUUCUCUCUAUCUUGGCAAUAAUAACGAUAAUGUGAAGCUGAGAAGACAUCUUCGCACCUCAGUAAAGAUCCUGAUCUCACCCGUUUCAGCUAUACUGCCUUUUCCUCUUCUUUCUCCGAUAACAAGCUCACAGAGAAGCGCGUUUUGAAGUUGUUGGGGACUCUCCAGCGUUAUUUAAAAAAAAAAAAAAAAUCUGGAGCCUCUCCUACACCUUAACAGAUCUCUCUACCGCAGGAGGAGGAAUUAGAUGGGGAAAAAAGCGAAAUGGUUUUCAUGCGUUAAGAAAGCUUUCAGCCCUGAUUCUAACAAGAAGUCGUCGAAACACAAAUCGCCUGAGAGCCCCAAUGGUUUGACCUCUAACCCUCCUCCUCCUCCUCCUCCUCCUCCUCCUCUUGAGGUGAGAGUAGCUGAAGUGGUUGUUGAACGGAACAGCAAUCCUUCCCCUCCUUCGACAGAUGCUAUGAAUGCUACUACGUCUGAUAUUCCUGUAGUACUAGUCCCUUCUUCAUCUGCUCCUCCUGAGGUGGUUCCUCGUCGUGCUGCAGCUACUAGGUUUCUUGGGAAGUCAAACGAAGAAGCUGCUGCAGUAUUGAUUCAGACUAUCUUUAGAGGCUAUUUGGCGAGGAGAGCACUGCGGGCUAGGAGGGGUUUGGUCAGGCUUAAGUUAUUGAUGGAAGGAUCUGUCGUUAAACGUCAAGCUGCAAAUACUUUAAAAUGUAUGCAGACUCUCUCCCGUGUACAGUCACAGAUCCGAGCUAGGAGAAUCAGGAUGUCUGAAGAGAAUCAGGCUCGCCAGAAACAACUCCUUCAGAAGCAUGCCAAAGAGCUUGCUGGCUUCAAGAACGGGGAUAACUGGGAUGAUAGCAUUCAAUCAAAGGAAAAGGUUGAAGCAAAAUUGCUGAGCAAGUACGAGGCAACUAUGAGAAGGGAAAGAGCAUUGGCCUAUGCCUACUCUCAUCAGCAAAACUGGAAGAACAAUUCUAAAUCCGGAAACCCUAUGUUCAUGGACCCGAGCAAUCCUACAUGGGGUUGGAGCUGGUUAGAGAGAUGGAUGGCUGGUCGGCCAUUAGACAACAACAGUUCCGAGAAAGAACAAAACAACGAUAAUGCUGCCUCAGUCACAAAUUCUAUAAACCGCAAGAACUCAACACAACCAAACACACCAUCAUCCGCAAGAGGUGGUGGUGGUGGUACUCCAAGAAACAAAAACAGUUUCUUCUCUCCUCCAACUCCCUCGAGACUAAACCCUUCCUCCAGAAAAUCUAAAGACGAGGACGACGACGCCAAAAGCACAAUCUCGGUUCUGUCCGAGAGGAACCGUAGACACAGCAUCGCUGGUUCGUCAGUAAGAGACGACGAGAGCCUUACCUGCUCGCAGACUCUCCCGAGCUAUAUGGUUCCGACUAAAUCAGCUAGAGCUAGGGUCAAGCCGCAGAGUCCAUCAAGUGGUAGUACUACCACACAGCAGGAGAGCGAUGGCUUUGCAGACAAGGAGGCAUCAUCGGCUAAGAAACGCCUCUCUUAUACGAAUUCACCUGCAUUGCCUAAACCAAGGCGGUUCUCAGCUCCUCCUAAGGUGGAGAGUUGCAGCGUCGCCUUGACCAAUGGAGUAGGUAGCUGAAGGUAUUUACUAUUUUACUGUCUUCUUUCAUAUAUUUAUUUCCCCUUGAGGUGAGUUGUAUCAUGUUUGUUAGGUGUCCCCCCUUGUCAGUUGGUAAUUCAUUUGUGCAGCAUUUGUAAGCGCCUGUCAUUUAUUUAUUUUACUACAAAAAAUUAUUAUUCGAACAACGAUAAAUUCAUGUAUUUUUUUGUUUUGUUUUUUUUUCUUUGAAUAUUGAAGAGGUUUAUUUA